AUGACCAAGCUUACCACCAAAACAGCAUCGGCUCUUACUCUUGAGGCGAUACGCGUCACUCCGUUCAACUUCACACCCAAACAUCGAACUUUCACGGUAACAACAGUCACUCAAGAUUUCCCUCCUCAGGAUGAUCCACAUGUACGUACUACACAUUCUCCUACUCAUACUCUAUUAUUGAACCAGAAACACGUACUGAGUUUUCAAAUGCUAAUUCCAUUGCACGAGGAGUUAGUGGCUGGUGGAAACAGACGUGGACCGAUUUUGGACACAUGUACAACUUCUGUAGCAGUUACGGUUCGUAUCACUCCGCAAGCAUCAACAGGGUCUGAUGUUAGUGUCAAAGAGAAGACCCGUAAACGCGGACGAGAAUAG